CCUGGGAGAGAACAAGCGCGCUGAUUGGCUGAAGCGGGAGAUGCCACUCAAGGCCGGGGGGUGGUGCCAAUUCUUUUUUUUGUUUGAGGUUUUCUUUUUUGGUGACGUCAUGCCGCGUCAUAAUGAAAAUUUCGUCUGCUACAACGGAACGCCGAGCGAGACCGUUCGCGCGGGGAUCGCACGCGCGCUCCGGCGCGUAAAAGCGGCUUUUCACGGCGUAGAUUGGAUUGAUACGGCGGCUUCGGCUGCCGCAACGGCGUAGUUUUCGAGAAAAUGGCGCUCGCCGCGGGUGUUGUCGCAGCGUUGGCGAUUCUCGACGAAGAGGAAGAGGUGUUGGAGGUGCGGAAUGCUUUUGAAGAGUUGAGCGAGUGUGAAUUCCGGCGUCGUUUUCGUUUCUCGAAACGAACGGUACGUUGGUUGUGCGGCGAACUGGACCCCAUCAUCGGGUGCCGACGAGCCAGUGGAAUUUCAACGAAGCGGAAGGUGUUGUGUGCGCUGAGAUUUUUCGCGACCGGCUGCUUCCAGCGAGCUGUCGGCAGUGAGGAGUUCAUCGGCCUGUCGCAGCCGUCCGUCAGCGACACGGUCCACGAGGUGGCACACGCCAUCGCUGUCGUUGGCGGACAAAAACGGUGGGUGGCGUUUCCCGAAACAUCACAAGCGAAGGAGCGAACAAAGGCGUCGUUCGCUCGGCUCGGGCGGAUUCCCGGUGUGCUGGGGUGCGUCGACGGCACGCUCAUCGCCAUCCAGAAGCCCCACGGCCUGAGCCCCGGCGACACGGCGAAUUACAUGUCGCGGAAGGGCUUCUACGCCUUGAACACCAUGAUCACCUGUGAUGCCGACCUCUGGAUUCUGGAUAUCAAUCCAUGUUUCCCGGGGUCGUGCCAUGACUCGUGGGUGUGGCGGAGGAGCUCUCUUCGGCGGCACGUGGGAGCUGAACUGCGGCUUGGCGAAUGCUUGCUUGGAGACUCUGGCUAUCCUUUGGAACCGUGGCUCAUGACGCCAGUGCUCGGACGUCCAGCUAGUGGCACCCCUGAGAGCGAGUACAACAAGGCCCACACCACCAUGCGCAAUGUUGUGGAGAGGUGCAUCGGGGUCCUAAAGAGCAGGUUCCGCUGCUUGCAGCGUUACCGGACUCUGCUCUACAACCCCGACAAAGCAGCCACCAUCAUUGCUGCUUGCGCAGCUCUUCACAACAUUGCAAUGGCGGCACGUGAGCCUGCUCCUGAAGGGGACGAUGACGACACAGACGACGAUGACGACUCUGAGGUGCCACCAGCAGCUGAUGAGCCAUCGCCGCCACAAGAACAAGGUCCAGCACCACGGCUGUUGCAUCUCAAGGGCCAGCAGCAGCGCAGCCGCGUGGUCAACCUGUUCCGUGGACCGCGGACCCCACAUGCUGCGCACCUGCGUAGGGUACGCAGCCGCCUGCAACGACCUCGGCAGCGUUGCGUGGUGGCUGCCGUUGGAGCGCCGCAGUGAGGGCCCGGACGAGGGCACCGAUGCCCUGCAGCUCGCCCGCGACGUCAUCAAGACUCCGAGCCUGACGUUCAGCGGCCGCUCGAUGACGCCUGGCCUCGUCAGCGAGCUGCUGCAGUGCCUCGCCCUGCCGCCUGGUGUUCUCAGCGAGCUGCUCCAGCGCCGCGGCCUGCCGAUCGCCAACAUCGCGCAGCUGUGCCAGGAGCUGGAAACCAAGAAAUGUGUUGCCAUUAUCAUCCAUGCAUUUCUCACUAUGGACUCUUCGCUGGAAGCUUCUGUUUGUGAAGAGUCUCAGUGUGCACAACAAUUUCCUCUUUGUUGAAAAUCCACUGGCCCAACGGCAUCCAUGAAUGGUGCCGGUUCACCGCACAACCAAUGCACUUCGUUUGGACAGACCGAAACGGUGCCGGAAUUCAUUUUUGCUCAACUCAUCAAACGCAUCUCGCACCUCCAACCACCUCUGCACGAGAAGAAACCAAACAGCCCUUUUCAGGGCUACACAACCGUUGCUCGGCCUUACGAGGUGACCAACAUAAUCACAACCUCCUUCCGAACCCUCACUUGCUGCAGUAUGCAAAACAUGCAGCAAGCAGAUGCGACACAGGUGCAAAAUGUGCAUUAGUGUAUGAUAAGUUACAUAAGUUCGUUUUUUGUACAGAACCUUAGGCAAUAGCACAUUUUCAUAUAUAAUGCUUUAGAAGCAUAUGACACUACAGGGAACCAUCUCGAGACGUUACACAUUCUUCAUGUAAAUUUACUGUUUCACCUUAACUACAAAGCAGGAUACCUGCUUGUUCAGUCUGACAGUAAACAAUUAGCUUACCUUCAACCCUUCUUUAGUACUAACAUACACCUGCACGCAUGAGCAUCACCUAUGAGCCUGUAAUAUCAUCUGCAGUUAAUGAAGUUGGUAUUCACGAACCGUGUUGGUCUGCUGCUGCUGCUCCAUUAAACCCGGUAGCACGGCGCGGACGGCUGAUGGCUGGCGCCUCCGCGGUUGGCGCUGGGGUACUGAAAACAAAAACAUUACUUUACUUCACAGCAGACACCAAUGGAACAAGUGUUUUAAAGCUCUGAAAUGGAUUAUCUUAUUAAACGACUUAUACUGUUAAUAGGAAAACAUCAAACUUACACGCUGGGGCCGCAUCCUCCUCGGCCACACCAGCGGCAGCCGGAGCAGAGCUCACGAAGGCCUGUUAUAGUAAGAAGUUUCUUUAGUGACACAUUGAGUGCAAUAAGAAACAUAAAGUGCAAGGUGUGAAAGUUCACCUGCAAGCCGCUGGUGCCCGGCCUGUCCCCGACCGAGACCCUUGGCGGUGCAGGCAACGGCUGAGGGCGGCGGAAGU